AUUGGCAGCGAGAUAAGGAUAAUCUUAUCGCAGGUCACUGUCAGAAAAGGAGAGAGAGAGAGAGAACACCAAACGAGAACAAGAGAACCGGAACUGAACUGAAGCGGGGCUAAACACUGAUGCAAAUCGAGAGGACAAGAGUGAGCAGGUAGAGAACAGAGUGACUGGAGUUUGAAGGCAGGAGUUGGAGUGAAGGAGACAGAAGACAAGAGGGACUUGAGUGAGGGAACAGACAGACAGAGAGAAAGAAGAGGAGCCACAUAGCAGAUGUUAAGAGUGUGGCACUGACUGGGGCUGUCUGGCUCCCUCGCUCUGUUACCAAAACCAUUAUGUCCCACAAGAGCAGCGGUGAAUGAUUCGGUGCCUUUUCCACUGCGAGCGUGUCUAUUGGGCUGGUGGAUGCAGCGUUUACAAAGCUCCCUGCGCCCACGAUUCGGCGCACUCCUCUUGGCUCUGAUCAUGGCCUUGUUACUAUAUCCAGGGCUGAAGAACAUUGCUGUGUAUUUGCACUCGGCAGUUACAGGGAGCUAUAUUUCUGGAACCCACUCUGUAGUUUUCGUCAGCUGCCCUAAUGAACAAGUUGGCAAGGUCAUCGCAAGGACCAUUAUUGAGAAGAAGCUGGCUGCUUGUGUGAAUAUUUUACCAAAGGUGUUUUCCAUGUACAACUGGGACGGUGAAAUAACAGAAACCACCGAAGUUCUGUUGGUGAUAAAAACAAAAAGCUCAAAAAUGAACAAACUGACAGAAUUUAUCAGAUCAGUUCAUCCAUUUGAAAUUCCUGAGGUUAUAAGCCUCUCAGUUGACCAAGGCAACCCAUUAUACUUGAAAUGGAUAGAAGAAACUGUGUCAGAAGAAUGAUUUACUCAUUGUUUAAAGAAGUAUCUAGAGUUCAAUGUCCAUUACCGUUGAUGUUUUAAAAAAUUGGUGUAUAAACGAACAGCUUGACUUGUUAAAAAAGCAGCCACAACACAUAAUAGUGAAUACUCUUCAGAGGAAAGGAUGCUUUUAUACUGCCCAAUGCAGCGAACGACCCUGUCAUUUACUUGAAAGAAAUAGAAUCCAAAAGCAUAGUACUGAAGCCCUGCUCUUUCCCCAAUGUUCAUAAUACAUAUAUUGACUUUUUCCUCCCUUCCAAAAUUCUUGGUAUCCAGUCUAAAAGAUAAGCCAAAGAUUUGUCUGGCCUUCAAAAAUUAAGAUAUUUUCAGACUUCAAAUAUAACUAAAUGAAAGUGUGUGUGUAUAAAUGUAACCAAAUUUUCAUUGCUGAAUAUUGUAAUGAUGAGUAAUGAUAUUUCCUCUGGUCACAAAUGUGAAUGAAAAGGUAAAAUGGAUAAACAUGUUUUAUACUUAGCAGACUUUUCCAUCAUAUUAGUGACUGAACAGAAUUACAGUUAAAGAUGUAUAACAUAAUUAAACAUCUUGGAUUAAUGGUAACCUUGUCAUGAUUUUCAUUUUUAAUACAGAAAUCUUAGAACUAUCUUUAAAAUGUUUUUUAUAAAGAGGCAAAGAGUGGAUGAACAGCUGCCAGAAGUUCAGAAGUAAUAAAAAAUAUUUUGCAGCCUAAUUAUGACUUUCAUAACUGAGUGAGAACACUGGAGUCUUUUAUUGUUAGCUUUUUCUUCCAGGAAGAUUGUUUUGAUAUCAGCUUAUUAAUCAUGAAUUUUUAAAAAUGAAUUUAUCCAGCUUCCUGUGGCCUUGCACAUUGCUAUUGAGGUGAUAGUGAUACGCAAGGACGAGCUACUGUGCGAUGUUAUACACUAUGUUUUAUUGUUCUGUAAUAGAUUUAUGUGUAACUGGCCUCAUCUGUUCAAUUAAAAAAGGUAUUUUCUGUU